AUGGCGAAGCUCACAGAUCUCCCUACAGAGUUACUACAAAUGAUUGCAACUGCAAGAGAUGACCGCACUUCCUGGGAAAUACUAGACGAGAAGGACCUAGCUAGACUAUCCGUAGUCAAUCGACAGCUAUAUAAAGCAAUAAAUCGCAUCUUCUUCUCCUAUGGUAUUCGUACCGGAAGCAACCCCGCCUCUUAUGCGGCACGACGUGGAAAUCUUCAUAUUUUGAAGGCCAUGGUCACAUUCCGUACCGAGCCUAAAUCUUGGCAUAACAUAUUACUAGAAGCCUGUGCAUACGAUCACCUCAAUAUUGUUACCUGGAUACUAGACCGCGGUACCAAACUAGAAGACCGCGGUAUUACACUGGAUGGCGAAUCAGCAGGCGACAUAUUCAAUUCGUGGCAGAGAGCCUAUAGGGACUCGUGGAUGGAUAAUGAGGAUUGGUGGAUGGAUAAACUUCCCGCUCUUCAGAAAGGAUGCGUCGCGUUGAAGGUUGCAUUCGACAAAAGAAACCAGGAUAUGGUCUUACUCUUAUUAUCACAUGGUGCCAGUCCUUUCUUCGUCACAAAAGAAGGCAAAUCCAUAUCAGCCUUACAUGAGGCCGCGCGUGCCAAUAUGGUCCAAGUUGUAGAGUAUCUUAUACAAAAAGCAGGGCUAUCUGUUGAUCUACCUGAUUAUCGCGGAUUUACUCCCCUGCGUUACGCAGUGAAAUAUUCACAGAAUCAGGACCAGGACACCGGGAUGCUAAAGAAGCUGAUAGAGCUUGGGGCCAAUGUCGACAGUGAAGCUGGUGGUGAGCUCCCACUUACGUCGGCACUGUCGAGGGCAAAGUAUAAGCAUGCAUCUAUGUUGCUUGAUGCUGGGUCGAAAGUUGUACCAGACCAGCCAUGCCCAAGAGCCAGGUUCCCUAUCCAUGCCCUGAUAUACGGCUCGAAAGGGGUUAGAUACAAGUGUCCGAGGCAGAUUGCUAUACUCCACAGGAUUGUCGACGCUGGUGCCAAUCUACAAAAGAAAUACAUGUGGGGCCAUACACCAUUGAGGGAGGCAUUGUUAAACGGAAGCGAGAGUCUAUUGUCGCAUCUCCUACGUAUACUUGGCGAGGAGAAACCACAUCCGAAUGAUCUUCUGGACGUAUUGGUAUGGGCUUAUGAGCGCGUACACCAUUUUCCCAAGAAGGUGGAAGUUGUACUGAAAUGGGGUGCCAGAAUGGACACCACUUUAAGCAACGGGAAGACAUUCCUCUACUGGGCCAUCCGUAACAACAGUAUCAAAACCUACUUCUUAGACAAGCUCUUAACCAAAGCGACCGAUGCUAUGCUUGACCGCGGUUACCUCGACGACCUUCUGGUAGAACUCACCAGCCCUGCGAGCGGGGCGAUCAAUUCAUAUUCUUUCUUACAGGUUCUCGGCGAGCAUGGCGCUAGACUCAAAAGCCCCGAUCACCUAUAUAAUGUCUCCUUAUAUGUCAUAAACACUUCUUGGGAGGUGCAGGACUGGUUAAUUGCAGGGUUCGACAUUUUACCGGCCGAGCAACUGCAUCACCUACUUAUACGUGCUAUGGAAAUAGCCUAUAAACUACUCCCUUACGAUUUACUCGACCGUAUUGAGCCUAAGAUUUCGGAGCUGGACCCUAAGUGGUUACAUGAAGCUGCUAAAUAUAGCUACUUCGGAAUUAUCACUAGGCUCUUAAAGUACGCUAAGAGUUCCGAUUUAAAUGUUGUGCUAAAUUCAACUACAGUGUUGGGAAAGUUAAUAUUCCGCGUCGACAGUUACGAAUGUGCUCUUGAGGUAAUGGAACACGGCGCUGACCCACUCUUGCCUACCAAUCAUCCAGUCUGUAAUGGCGGGAAAUUUCCACGGCGAUAUGAAAUAUUUCCGGGAGCAUCAGCUUUCGAGAUAGGAUUACAUGAAGGUAUCCCCCUCGAAGUGAUCCAGAAGAUGUGGCAGAAGAUUGCUCCCGAGGCCCGACCUGACCCGAGACUAUUUAUCCCAUGUGUCUACGAUGGAGGAGAUAAAGAAGACUGUCACUCUGAAGUGGUAGCGUGGUUGGAACAAGUCGGUGUGAAGGAUAAUGGGGCAACUCAAGAUGAGGGGGUGGCCCAGGAGGCUUGA